CUUAACGAACUUUUCCCAUUUCUUUUUCAGGAAAUAAAAUUAAAGAAUGGAACUUCCACCAGAAGAAACAUUGAGGCAGGAAGGGCUGAUCGAGUUCUACGGCUCCUUCAGGGAGAUGUUUGAGUUUUUCUGCAAGAACACCACGAUCCACGGCACCAUCCGCCUGGUGUGCUCGGGCAGCACGCGGGGGAAGCGGGCGCUGUGGACGCUGCUGCUGCUGGCCAGCUUUGGGAUGCUCUACUGGCAGUUCGCCCUCAUGUUCAGCCAGUUCUGGUCCUACCCCGUGGUUCUCACCAUGUCCAUGCACUCCGAGCCCAAAAUGUUCCCGGCUGUCACCGUCUGCAACCGGGAUCCGUACAGGUUUGAGCUGGUCAGGGAACAUCUGGAGCAGCUGGACAGGAUGGCAGAGGAGUCCCUGAGGUUCCUGUACGGCAGCAGCUUCUCCCGCGGGAAGGAGCGGAACGGGAACGGGAACGGGAACGGGAACCUCAGCAGCUCCAGAUUCCAGCUCAGCCCCAACUUCUCCCUGGUCAGGGUGGCCCAGAUCAGGGCCGGGAGGAAACAUUCCAGUGUGGGAUUCCAACUGUGCAAUUCCACAGGUGGGAAUUGCUUCUUCAAGACCUAUUCCUCGGGGCUGGAUGCCAUCCUGGAGUGGUACAGGUUCCACUACAUGAACAUCAUGGCCCAGCUGCCCCUGGCCAUGAACGAUUCCGAGCACCAGGAGCACCUCCAGGACAUGGUUUAUUCCUGCCAGUACGAUGGGGAGCCCUGCAGGCCCAGUGAUUUUGUUCACUUCCACCACCCAAUUUUUGGGAGCUGCUACACUUUUAACAGCAAGGGGACAGAUCCCUUCUGGACAGCCACAAAACCAGGAAUUCCUUAUGGGCUGUCGCUGCUGCUGAGGGCCCAGCAGAGGGGGCAGCUCCCGCUGCUGUCCCCCGUGGCCGGGGUUCGGGUGCUGAUCCACCGACACAACCAGAGCCCCUUCCUGGAGCACGAGGGCUUCGACAUCCGCCCGGGCAUCACCACCACCAUCGGCAUCCGCCAGGACGAGGUGAAUCGCCUGGGCGGCAACUACGGCAGGUGCACCACGGACGGGGCUGACGUGGCCGUGGAGCUGCUCUACAACAACUCCUACACCCUGCAGGCCUGCCUGCACUCGUGUUUCCAGCAGCUGAUGCUCCAGGAGUGUGGCUGUGGGUAUUAUUAUUACCCACUGCCCGCCGGGGCACGGCCCUGCGACUACAGCCGGCACCCGGGCUGGGGUCACUGUUUUUACCAGCUCUACUCCCGGCUCAGGAAUCACCGCCUGAACUGCUUCGAGCAGUGCCCCAAACCCUGCAGGGAAUCUCUGUACAAGGUCUCAGCUGGCACAGCCAAGUGGCCCUCGGCAAAAUCUCAGGACUGGGUGCGCCAGGCCCUGAGGCACCAGAACGGCUACAACUCCAGCAGCAGCAGAAAAGGGAAAAAAGCCCCAAAGGCCAAAGCCCCCCGAGCGAGUCCCUGGCUGAAGGUGGGGUUUCUGCAGGAGAACCUGCUGCUGUCCAGCAUGGGCAGCCAGUGGAGUUUGUGGUUCGGCUCCUCGGUGCUGUCGGUGGUGGAGAUGCUGGAGCUGCUCCUGGACACGCUGGUGCUGUCCCUGCUCUUCUGCCUGCAGAGAUUCCGGAGCAGGAGCCACCCAGGGGGCCCAGCCCCCACCCCAGAAACCCACCUGGAGCUGGGGGAGGGGCAGCCAGCACCGGGAAUUCCGGGAAUUCCGCGGCGCAGGGGGGUUGGGGGCGGCGAGGAGCAGGAUUUGGGACAGGGUUUGGGACAGGAACUCAGAACUGAGGGGGUUUGAGCAUGGAGAGGAUGGGAAUUCCCAAAAUUCUGUGGGAAGGGUGCCAGGAAUUUCCUGGAUCCUCUCCUGGGAGCUCUCUGAGCGUGGAAAUGUUUGGAAUUCCCAAAAUUCUGUGGGAAAGGUGCCAGGGGUUUCCUGGAUCCUCAGCUGAGCUUGGAAAUGUUUGGAAUUCCAAAAUUAUGUGGGAAGGAUUCCAGGGAUUUCCUGGAUCCUUUCCUGGGGGCUCUCUGAGCAUGGACAUUUUGGAAUUCCAAAAUUCUGUGGGAAAGGUACAAGGAAUUUCCUGGAUCCUUUCCUAGGAGUUGUCUGAGCCUGGAAAUGUUUGGAAUUCCAAAAUUCUGUGGGAAGGAUUCCAGGGAUUUCCUGGAUCCUCUCCUGGGAGUUGUCUGAGCGUGGAAAUGCUUGGAAUUCCAAAAUUCUGUGGGAAUAUUACUCCUCCUUCCCUCUUCUGUGAUCCCUGGAAUUCCCAAACUCUCCCUGGAAUUCCCAAAUUCCUCCUUCCCUCUGAUCCCUCGAAUUCCCAAACUCUCCCCAGAAUUCCCAAAUUCCUUUUCCUGCUGCAUUUUGGGAAUUCCAAAGCUCAGGGAGCUGCUGCUGCUGCUCUUGGAUUUCCCAGGAAAUUCCCUCUGAGUCCAACUCUUCCAGAGGGAAAUAAAGAGAAAAAAAAAUCAGGAUUGAGAAGAUUUUUAAA